GGGGAGUUAACUCCCAAUGUUGACAAUUUUGGUAAGUGAUGUGACGGCCACGGCCCAACAUUUGAUAUUCUCUCGUGGAAUAUAGAAGGACUGCGAAAAUAUGAAAACUCGACAUCUCAGGUAGCUCCGCGAACGGGAUAUCGCUGUAAGGAGCUUGGAAUUACCCGUUUCCCCUAGCAACCAUCGUCAACGGAUUCCGCCAUCAUAGCAAGUGCUCGCAAACAGUGGUGUCAGUCAUACCUGAACUUCAGCUACGGACGGGAUUUACUCAAGAGGACAAGUAAAGUGCCAGAAUGCCACGCCCACGAUCAGCCCGGUCCGAUGUGAGUGACCCCGACAUGGAGGGUCUACAGGAAGGGGAGCUGCUCAAGCUGCAGCGACAGUACCGCAUCAUGGAGGGUGACCGCGCCGCCUACACAGAGGAGUCCACCAACAUGAUCCGGAAACAGAAAUCAGAAAUGAAUCAGCUGGAAAAAGAAAAGCAGGAACUGCUGAAAGAACUUCGUCUGGCUGAAAGUCGAAGCAACCAGAUCCGUGAUGAGGAGCACACCGACACACUGGUCACCUUGGUGGAGGCAAAAGAUGACUGUGAUCUCGAAAUCAAAGAAGAAAAGCAGAAUCAUGUUGAACUUGAUGCUAAAAUCCGUGAAUGGGAAAAGAAGAUUCGCAAUCAGCAUAAAAACAUGGGCGGUGUUCACAUGAGUUCCCAGCAUACAACACAGACGCAGAAGACUGUACGCGUCCUGGAGAACAGACUUGACCAGUCCAAGAAGCGGUUCAACGAUUCUCUGUCUGACAACGCCAAAUUGCGGGAUGAGAUCCAGGGACUGAGGACAGAACACAAGAGAUUUGAGAAUCUCUACAAAAAACUGGAGAAAGAGUUGCGCCAACUCCGGCGGGACAUGGGCGAGGACAUCCAGUCCUCCACAGAAGCCUACGAUGCAAGGGAUGACGCCCAGGCCAAGAUGCUGGUGCUGAAGGACAAGGCGGACAAGGACAUGCAGCAGCACAACGCCGAGAUGAAGGAGCUGGUCCGCAUCAUCGACCACGACCGCAAACUGAAGGAAUUCAUGGGCAUCAAGGGCCAGGAGAGACAGGAGGAUCCGCAACUUGUUGCCUGGCGACAGAAGAAAGAGGCGCUUGAGGCUGAACGAAAGAAGGAGAGCCAAGAGGACUCGGUGGAGACGUACGAGCAAGCCUUUGAACUCAUCAAGGAGAUGACCCAGGAGGACGAUCUUGACCUUCUCGUCAACAGAUUCAUCGAAAUUGAAGACAGAAACUUUGCUCUCUUCAACUAUGUCAAUGAGCAGAACAAUGAGAUUGAGAAACUGAAUGAUGAUAUUCAGAUUAUCAGGGAUGAAAUUGAGAAGUUCAAGGCCGAGGGUAUUGACCUUGAGACUCAGAGGAAGCUCAUCCUGAAGAACCUGGAAGACAAGCAGAACGAAGCGUCUCAGGACGCCGAUGACAACGAGCAGAAGUAUAAGGAGGUGUCCAAGAUCCUGGAUCAGCUGAAAGCAGGUAUUGACUCGCUGUUCAACAAGAUCAACUGUGAGAGGUCUGCUAUUGAUGACAUGCUAGGGGCGGCGACAGGGGUGACAGAGAGCAACAUGAUACAGUACCUGGGCAUCAUUGAACAGAGGACGAAUGAGCUGCUGGCAGUGCAGGCGUAUGUCAACUCCAAGGACCAGGAUAGAUAUGAAGCCAAGAGUCACGGCUUGCUGGGCGAGGGACCAACAGCGCCGCAGCAACAACUUCCUGUCAUGCCCCCUACCGUCGGUGAUGAAUACGAGAGUGAAGGAAGCGAGGCUGAUGACGAUGAGAUGCGACCUUUGACCCGUGUGGAGCUGCAAGAUCGGGUGAUGAAGUCGGUGAGGAAACGGGAGUCGGCGGCCAAGAAGGAAGGCUUCAAGUACGACCUGUCCAACGCUCGGGAGAAGGCCCAAAAACAACAGAAGAAGGACGGCAAGAAGUAGCCACAAGACCAGUGUUGUACAUAGUUGUGUCCAUCUUCCCAGGGCAAGAGAGUUAACUGACUUUAAAAGUCCAGUUUCCACCUUUGCUGAACUAGCCGGGAAUUCCUUGGCUUGAUCGAAGCGCCACCUGUGGCUAUUACGAGUUAUGUCCCUAAUAUGCCUCUCCUAUGAUCGAUGAUCAAAUCAUCUGAACAUCUUGUUUAAAACCUAGCCUAGUUUGGCAAGGGUGGAAGCUGGACUCACUUGCCUCGGGAAGAUGAGUUGUGUCAUGCUUUAUGUCUGUGAUAUGGACCUCUUCUGGGAGAGCAGCAUGGCUGCGUGAUGAUAGACCCUGUUAGCAGCAUGGACAGGACAUUGACUCGCCGAGUCAGCAUUACUAUUUGUACUGCAAGACAGAUGGAGGUGGUGGUGACAAUAGCUGGAUGCUAGGACAGUACUGGAAUGUAUCACGAGCUUGGAGUGCUGCAUCUGAAUGUGGCCUAACUCUUCAUAUUCACCUCCUGCUGAUGCGGACGAAAUGUAAUGUGUAAAAUUCAAUACAAAUAAAUAUGCCACUUACA